AGGGGCUUCGGGCGGAGUGAACAUUGCUGUGGUCCACUCAGGCUCCUCCCACCUCCCGGAAACGAGUGCCGGGGUGGGGGGUGUGGGCGGUGCUUCUGUGGCGGGCUCUGGCUCCGGUGCCGGGCCAAGCGGCAGCUCGGGGACGGGUGUUCUGAGUCGGGCCUGGUCGGGACAGGUGGGUGAGAGUGUGAUGACACCGUGGGGGCCAGCUAAUGUCAUCUGGCUUGCUGUGAAUGAGAGCAGUCCAGGAAGCCUGUUGCUACAGUUGUGUGAGUUAUUGGCAACAACUCCACUGCAAGGCCUUGUGUUUGAAGAAGAGAAGCCACCACCACCCACCCGUGCACCGUUAGCACCGAUGCUGGAGUUCGUCUCAGCUCAAACAGGAGUGCCUGUCAUUGCUGUGGGGGGAGGGGCCGGCCUGGGGAGGGAGCCACAGGAGAGUGGCUCAGUCUACUUGCAGUUCUCCUGUUCUACUGCCCUGCAACUGGACGUCAUUUUUGAAGUUUUGGAGGAGUUUGAUUGGACGGCGUUCUCUGUGGUUACCACACGCCACCAUGGCUAUGAGGACUUCAUUGCUAUGGUUGAGGGCAUGAUAGAUGGCUCCUUCAUCGGUUGGGAGAGAAAGAGCGUGGUGAUGCUCAACCUGACCGAUGACCUGGGAGGUGCUCACAUCCGCAGGCUACUGAAGGAGAAUGAAGCACAGGUGCGACUCCUAUAUUGCUCACAAGAAGAGGCAGAGCACAUUUUUAAGGCGGCAUGGGAAUCAGGGCAGGCCACACCUUCACACAUGUGGUUUGCAGUGGGCCCAGCUCUUUUAGGACUUGGUCUAGAGGGUCUGCCCAUGGCCCUGUUUGCAGUACGACCCCAGGGGUGGAGGGACGAGCCACGUCGACGAAUCGCAAAGGGUGUGUCGGUACUGACACAUGGAGCCAUGGCUUUACGUAGGGAGUACGGUGGGGCUCGUGGUACAAGCUUUGCCGGAAACUGUGUGAUGGAUGGAAACCAAACUCAGAGGGUGCAAGGCAGGAUCAGGUUCUUCAGUAACAUAACUCUAUCUGGACGGGACUAUUCCUUUAAUAAUGACGGUUAUCUGGCAAAUCCGCUUCUGGAUGUUAUCUCCUACUCUGCAGGAAAAGGCUGGGAGGAGGUAGGUUGGUGGGAAAAUGGAGUGCUGCGUCUGCGCUAUCCACCCUGGUCCCGUUACGGCCCCUUCCUCAAGCCUCUGGACGAUUCCCAGCACUUGCGUGUGGUCACGCUGGAGGAGAGGCCGUUUGUCAUCGUAGAGCCUGCUGAACCGGGAACAGGCUCCUGCAUCAGAGACUCUGUACCGUGUCGUCUCCCACUUAACAACAGCAUGGUUGUUGAGGGCAUUCAAUCCAUGAAGCACUGCUGCAAAGGCUUCUGUAUUGAUGUUCUCAAGCGCCUGGCUAAAAUAGUGGGCUUCACCUAUGACCUCUAUCUGGUGACCAAUGGCAGACAUGGAAAGAACAUAAAUGGAGAGUGGAAUGGGAUGGUUGGAGAGGUUGUGUCCAGGCGGGCUGACAUGGCGAUCGGCUCCCUGACUAUCAAUGAAGAAAGGUCAGAGGUUGUGGAGUUCUCUGUUCCUUUUGUGGAGACUGGCAUCAGUGUCAUGGUCUCUCGUAGCAAUGGCACUGUGUCACCAUCUGCUUUUCUCGAGCCGUACAGUCCAGCAGUGUGGGUAAUGAUGUUUGUCAUGUGUCUGACGGUUGUGGCGGUAACAGUCUUCAUAUUUGAGUUCUUCAGCCCUGUUGGAUAUAACCGAAGCUUACAAAGUGGCAAGAUGGCAGGAGGUUCAAAGUUCACCAUAGGGAAGUCUAUUUGGCUGCUGUGGGCUCUGGUGUUUAAUAACUCCGUUCCGGUGGAGAACCCUAGAGGCACCACUAGUAAGAUUAUGGUGCUGGUCUGGGCUUUCUUUGCUGUCAUCUUCCUGGCCAGCUACACUGCUAAUCUAGCUGCCUUCAUGAUCCAAGAAGAGUACAUCGACACUGUCUCUGGCCUCAGUGAUAAGAAGUUCCAGCAUCCCACAGAGCAGUAUCCUCCCUUACGCUUUGGCACUGUCCCAAAUGGGAGUACAGAGGAGAAUAUACGAAGCAACUACCCCAACAUGCAUCAGUAUAUGGUCCGGAAUAAUCAGAGAGGUGUAGAAGAGGCCAUUGACAACCUUAAAACUGGCAAACUGGAUGCAUUCAUAUAUGAUGCAGCUGUCUUGAACUACAUGGCACGUAAGGAUGAAGGCUGCAAAGUGAUGACCAUCGGCUCUGGCAAAGUGUUUGCCACAACAGGAUACGGCAUUGCUUUACACAAGAACUCACGUUGGAAGCGGCCACUAGAUCUUGCCCUACUACAGCUAGUUGGAGAUGAUGAGAUCGACAUGCUUGAAAGACUCUGGCUCUCUGGCAUCUGCCAUAAUGAUAAGAUCGAGGUGAUGAGUUCCAAGCUGGACAUAGACAACAUGGCAGGGGUAUUUUAUAUGCUUCUCGUGGCCAUGGGCCUAAGUCUGCUGGUGUUUGCAUGGGAGCAUCUUGUCUACUGGAAGCUCCGCCACUGUUUGGCCCGUUCUGGAGGACUGGACUUCCUACUGGCCUUUAGUCGGGGAAUGUACAGCUGCUGCAAUUUUGAGGAUGAAACAGCUCCUGGAGGUUCCCAAAGCACAAUUCCUCAAUACCAUCAUGUCUCCACAGUUCCUCCUCCUCCCCCACCUCAUGUAAUCUCUACAGCUGUGGCCAAUCCCUCCAUCACUAUGGCACAACAACAGCAGCAACAACAAAAACAACACUACCAGCAGCCCCCAGUUUACAACUCCAUUCUUCCUGGCUCACCUCCAUCAGGUGGACAUUCUGGCAUGGCUCUAGGGCCAUCGAACAGUCCCAUUCUUGGAGCACCUAUGCCAUGCUCUACAUUCCUACCACGCCAUGAUCGCAGAUUAGCUGUGGUGGAUCGGUGGACACGUCCAAAGGUGGGCCCUGAAAAGCCCAGAGGUGUGAGCAGUGGGAUUACCGACAUAUCACAAUUCCUGGGAAUACCACCUCACUGGGGCACCGGAUUAAGUGGAGGGGAAGGGGGUCUGGAUGAAUACAAAAGAUACUAUGGCCCAAUUGAUCCAGAGGGCUUGGGUGUCUCUGCAGAGCCAAAAAAUGUAGGUACACUAACUCCAAAAACUAAGCAUCGUGGGUCAAAAUCCUCUGGAAAUCCAAGGUUACCCUCAAAAAUUCAGGCCUCUGAACACUUACCCAUUAACCCUGCUUUACCACAUCCCUCUUCACCUCAUCAAACCUUCUGGAGGAGAAGCAGCCUCUCAAAAAGGAAGGGCUCAGGGGGCCCACUGUAUGAAAACAUCCUUCCCCUUGGGAGGAGAGGUGGCGGCAGGUAUGGAGUAAGGGAUGGGGGUGGCAGAAGGGGAUGUCGCCCUCCUCCCCUACCUCUACCUGUACCUGUGCCUUCUCCUUCCCAAACUCUGCCCUCGCCUUCUGCAUCUAAAUGCUACACAUCCACUUCUUGCAGCAGCUCCAGCACCUCCAGUUCAUCCUCUUCUUCAGAAGUAGUCUCCCGAUCCAAUUAUCUCUCCUCCUCAUCAUCUUAUACAUCAUUACAAAGCUUCAGGUACCGGACAGAUGUACGAGAUGUAUGUGAAGGUUAUGACACAGAUGAGCUUACAGAGGAGUCCAGCUUGCUUUUGGGGAGGAGAAAAAGUCAUUCAUGCAUGUCCUCUCGAUCCCUGCCAAGCAGUCCUCCUCCACCACCCAUACCGCCCCGCAAACCAUGUACACAGAGGGCGCAGAUGAGAGACAGAGCAGGCAGUCAGCUUGCACAACUUCAAGAGUGGUGGGCAUCUUGGGGAGAGAAAGAAAAGAACAGAAGAACAGUUGGCAACAAAGGAGAUAAAGAGGAGAAACGACAUCACAAAGAGAGAGAAAGGGAGAGAAAGAGGAGGAAGAAGGGUAGAAAGAAAAAGAAGAGAGAAGAGCAUGAAAGGGAAAGGGAGCGUAAAAGACGUAAGGUGAAAAAGAAAAAGAAAAAAGAAGAGAAAUCUAAGAGAAGGGAGAGGGAAAAGCGGUCUGAAGAAGAGGAGGGUGACACUGACAGGAAAGAUGUUUUGGAAAAAUUAAUAGGACAGGAAUACUCUUCCUAUCCUGCACUGAGGCGAAGCUCUUUCCAAAAGAAAAGUGAAAGCUCUACAAGGAGUUAUGAGUGGGAUACUCCCAGAGAAGAAGGAAAGAGAGAAAGGGAUAAUCAAUCAGGUGAUGAUGAAGAGAGAAGUAGAGGAAAGGAAAGGCAUCACAGAAGCCCUAAAUUACAUGGACACUGCAGGCUAAGGUUUAACAACAAGCAUUAUAUCAGCUCAAACAAGCCUUCUUCAACUGUCACAUUUUGGGGUAGUGGAAAUCCAACUUCAGAAUCUCCAUCAUCUUUUGUACCACUGCUUCCACUCUCCUCCAAAAGACGAAAGUCUAUAGUAGCUGAGCAAGGAAAAAGUGGAGAGAUUCGCCCCCUUUUGGGAAGGAAUGGGAGAGGUAAGCCUCGCUCGAGAGAAGGCCUGUCAUUUCAUGAAUGGGAUUCUGAGGAGGAAGAGGAUGUGGAGUCAGAUGUGGAAAGAAGUAGACCAGAAGACCAGGCGAGACAGAGAGAAAGCAUAGAAACGGACUCAGAGUCAGAAAGGGAAAGAGAAAAAACUGUUGAGAUAUACACAGAUGAUGAAGGUUCCUCUGGAGAGUUUGGUAAGUUUGAGAGAUAUUGGGAGGGUCAUGAAGGAAGGGCUGUUGGAGGCAUUGGGGGAGGAGGAUGGUUUUUUGGCACCUACCCGGCCAGAGAAAGAGUAGGCAGUAUAAACAGUAGAGAUGACUCAUUUUUAGGAUGCGGUGGUGGAGAAAGCAGCUUGGGGUUCAGAGCAGGAACAGGAUGGGGAUCAGGGGGGUUAGGAUCAAACCAGUGGCCUCCAACUCCAUUGACUCCCCCACCCCCUCGAAGAUAUUGGUCUGUAGACAAGUUACCAAUGAAGACUGAAAAGAAGUCUAAAAGCAGGUCUCAAGUAAAGAGUAGUGGCCACACAUCCUGUUCCUGCCAGUCACCCCAUCACUCCGCCAGCAAUCACUCCAAAUGGGAUCGGGUGACUUCUCGGAGUCAGGAGGAGCUACUCCAUUGCCACAAUUUUAGCAGCAGUGUAAGACCCAAGCGGCAGUCAUCCAAACCGGACCGGGCUCAGAGCCAGGCAAAAUCUGGAAGCCAAUCCAACCUUAAUAUACAAAGAUUGCAGCGCUCAGAUCGGUCCAGACAACAGUCAUCCCCACCUCAGAGUCUAUCACCAUCUUUACCCCCUCCAAUGGUCCCUGCACUCCCAGCACCACCAUCUUCCUCUCAUCAUAUACAUGUUCCUCCACCUACAUCCUCCUCAUCAGUUUCCUCCCCUUCAGUUGUCUCAUCUACACCUGGUGCCCCACAGCCCUCCUCCUUGUCCUCCUCUAGUGCUAAGCUCCAAUAUCAAAAACUGCGUUCAGUUCCCCAACCCCAAAGGUAUCAAUCCCCACAUGUUCCCCUCAAAACCAAGAGCCUGUGCUCACGUCGAGGCUCUGCCCACUUCUCCAGUGUGGAGAGUGAAGUCUAAGGGACAUAAUUAAAUGAGGAACAUCAGCAAGCAGCCUUCCGGGGUAAUCAAGUCACCUGCUCAUACCACAAAUUGUUAACUGUUCAUGACAGUCGGGCUGGGUUGUUCUAGCUAGCACCCUUCUUCUCUUGCACAAACCUCUAAUGCUCCUUAGAGACCAACUUGGAUUGGGAUUGGAGCCCUCUCUCUUUACUUGUGUAAGAAUGGUACUGCCAUGCUGACAAAUCUUUUUGAUGUUAGCGAGGCUAUGUGAUUAGCUUUGCUUUCUUAUGUCUUGGGGGCUUUUAGGUGGAGCAUUAAUAAUAUGGGUAAAUGUGAUUAUCUUCUGAGUGUUUUGCUGCUCGAUGGCUCAGGAAUGAUUUUUCAAGGGGAGAAUCAGAGGUCAAAAUACAAAGCCCUAACGCCACACCUCCCAUUUUCUUUUUUCCUGCUCCAAAACAUGAUGUAAUUGUUGUGUAUAUUCAUUUAAUAUAUCUCAAGGGAAGCGUUCAUAAAGGAAAGUAGCAAUCCAUAUUUCUGUUCUAAGAGCAUAUAUAUUGACCUCCACCUUUUUUCACAAAUAGUAUCUAGCAUUCUGUGUGGUGUUGUCAGUGUUUAUAUUCCUAGCAGCUGGGUAAGUUAGCCAUGACUGUUCACAUAUUGGCUUAAUAGCUAAAUGCCAAACGGAAGUGUAGUUGAUGUACAGUCCUGUUACACUGAAAUCAUUUCACAGGUCCUCAUGUUUCAUUCUCCUCCAUUGAGCAAUACAUAAUUAACCUCAAACAACAUUCAAUACAUAUAUUUUAUAUUAAAAAAUUAUUUUAUUAUAUAUAUCAUAUUUGAUUUGUGAUCUGGUUUAAAACAGUUGUGUUGAGUUAUUAAAAGAAUAUUAAGCACUGUGCUGUUUUACAGUAGGGCACAUGCAAUGUUUCAAAAACCUAUAAUUGGUGGCAGCCCUUCCCCUCUCGACUAAAUGUACAUGUUGCCAUGACAACACAGAGUAAUGCAACCAAGAAGACACUUUUAAGAUCGUAACUUUCUCUGGGGACAGCUUGUCAGAGCAAGUUAUGGUAGCUUUGAACGCAGAUGUUUGGAGUGCAAGGAUGACAGGGCUAGUCGUACUGCAGCGCUGUACUCAACCAAGAUGUCAGUGAGUGAUGAAAGACGUCAUUAUUCUGAGAGCGAUAAGUGAAGGAGAGCACUGUUUACAGUUUAACACUGUGUUUUUACACUUUUUUUACAAGCUGCUCUGCUCUGUCAUUUAUUAGCUUUUGACAUUCUAUUCAUAUUUGCUUAGCAAAUUUGCUUAAGCUGUACACAUAACAGCAAGUUUUUUACUAGCCACAUCUGUUAAGUAAAAAAGCCAGAUCAAGUUUUAUUAUUUUAACUGUGAGGAAAAGACUGAUUAUUAAAUGUCAGGUAGAUCUUUCCUUUAGAUUUAGCUUUUACCAUUAGGAAAGUUAGCAUCUUUGAAGUGAUUGCUAUAAUUGACUGUGAAUAUCGCUAAGGGCAAAUGCAUGAUGGCAGCAGGUCUGAGUCAACUAUGUCUGUUUAUUUUUUUUGUGUUUGUGUGUGUGUGUGUGUGUGUGUGUGUGUGUGUGUGUGUGUGUGUGUGUGUGUGUGUUUAAAAAUGUAAACAUACGUGCUCUCGUAAAAGUUUUUUAUUGUCUUGCUGUGUUUCUUUUGAUUGCUGCCUUUUGCUGUGUGCUUGGCAAGUCCAACUUGCUGUUAUUGAAUAUUGGGAAUUUUUCAAAAUUCCUAACUCUGUUUUGACUUUUAGAGCUUUGAUGCUAUACAUCCAACAAACUAGGCACAGUCCUUCAGGCUGUUCUGCUUUGGUACUGUAUGCUUUAUGUAUUACAUUUUUUUCAAUUGACCAGACUUAUGGUUUUCUAAUAGUGGACAAUCAAAAAUUCCCAAAAUCUCAAAGCUGUUUAGAUGUUGAUGUUUUCAAACUACAGUACAUAAUCCCUAAAUAAUCUUGAAAAUAAUUAUUUUUGAACUUUCAGACAUUAUCAAGCCAACAUCAAUGUUUGUCUUGCCAAACAUUUCUUUACUAGUCCUAAUUUUAAUUUGGUUUGAAACAUUGUAUGUUGUUAUUUAUGUUAUUAUAUAUUUAAGUGCAUAUUUGACACAGAACUACGCACAAUCCAACAGGCUAAUUGUUUUUUGUGUGUGCUUAACUGCAUCUGAGCCAUAUAAAGCUUAUUUGUUGUAUGCUAAGCUUUUUUAAGUUGUAAUAAUUUAUUGGGGUAUAUUUUGUUGUCAGUGGGCUAAACAGUAAUGUCAUGCGACUAUGAAGUGAUGUGAAUUAGAAAUAUAAUCAGUGAUUUAAAAAAAAAAAAAGAUCACUUGUGUUUAGAAAAAAACAGGAGAGAAGUUAUACAAAUUGGGUCAAUUCUGAACAAAUCAUAACACACUGCCUCACAAUGACAGAUAUCCAAGUAAUUCUGAGUAGUUUAUCUUGACAUUAACAUUUAAAAUAUUUAUCAGCUUAUGUAUGUAUAUCCUUUUUCUCCAACUUGGUUGUUAAUACUUGUCUGGAUUACAUCUAUAUAUAUAUAUAUAUAUAUAUAUAUAUAGAUGUACCUCAUGUAUGUGUUUGUGAAGUUUAGAUAGCAAUAGAGAAAUAGCUGUUCAGCAAAGCAGUAUAGCUGAAGACACAGGAUUGUUUUCAAAUCCUUCUGUUGGCAGAAUUAAUUAACAUGUGUUUCAUGUAUUACCUACAAAAAGUAAUUUUGAAUUCUCUUUGCAUUCCAUUGUGCACAGAAAUUCAGUAGACAGCUUUGGCUGAACCUGCAAGGACCUUAAGAUAUUUAUUUUUCCCCCCCUAAUAAAAUAUCAGGCAUAUUGCACAAAGUUUAGUAGGAACCAUCACCACCAAGAAUCUUAAAAAGGCCUUUCUCUAGAUAUUUGUCUUGUGUGUUUUGAUAGUGUCUUUGGCAGUAAAUGUUUUGUUUUUAGUUUGUUAUUUAUAAUUCUUAAGGAUAACUCCUUAUCGAAGCAGCAGCAUAUAAAUAUAUACAUAUAGAAAUAUAUAUAGAAUUAUAUAUUUCAACAAAUAUCAUGCAUAUAUAUAUAUAUAUAUAAUGUUUAUCUUCUACAUUUAAUCUCUUUGAAUUGGUCUUCUUUUGUCUCUUUGUCUUCUCUCGUCUCAUAACAGCUGACAUCAGAGACCAGUCUCCAACUGUGUUUUUAUGAAUAACACGGCCGACCAUCGACCACAAUGAAAUUAUGUUGCAAAUAACCAAUGCUGUGAUUGAGAUGUGUGUCUCACUGUCCCUGUAGUGAAAGUUUUGGAUGUGGUGAUACAACUUCUGAAGAUAAAUCUUCUAGGUCACCUUGAGGUGGCAAGUAGGUCUGAAGCAGACAGCUGCUCUUCUAAAGUCAAAAGCUACGCUGUUAGCAGCAUUGCGUCCAUGUGUGUCACAUGGCUCUGGCUUUGGAAAUGGUAUGUUUGUAUGCUCUUAUCUGUGCCAAGCUGCAUUGUAAUGCUGAAAACACAUUCAAACACAUGCAAUGCUACUCUGUGAUAAUUUAUGAUAAUGUAGCUAAGCAGAGCCAGUUAUGUUUUAUGCCACUCUGUGCCAGGACGGUAGUGCCCCCCGGAACCACUGUGUUAGGUUCUUGUGCCAUACUCCCCUCAGUAGAGGAGCCUCACAGGGGGGCCACACUUGCUGGGCCGCUCGACCAUGGGAGACUAUACUAUGCUGUGCUGCGAGCAGAACAGAAUAAAAUACU